CCUCUCUCUACCCGGUGUCUUAUUUCGCCGCUAUACAACUCUGUAUGCGGUGUUUGUUGACGAAGUUGAUGAAGUUUUUGGAACAGAUUCUCGUUGGAACGUUCCACAAAUUAUACCAACCCAUUCUGUAAAAAAAAAUUGUUACAUCUCCCUAUUGUAAAAAUAUAAAAAAUACACUGUACAAAAUGAUUUAUUCACAGAAUUGUUAAAGCUACUGUAGCGUAAUAGCUACAGCUAAAGUUAACUAGCUAACUAACUAGUAGACCUGGUAUGUCGCGCAACAAGUUCCCUCUGCCGCCUUUUUUUUUUACCAAUGUUUAGUGACUAGUUUCAAUAUACUUUACUUUCGUAACUCACCAAAGUAAAGUUGUUGCUAUAUUGCAGACAAACCUUUCUCUGAAUGCCUCAACUGUAUAUGAAGGUAUGCAUAGUAGACGACUAGCUCUGGUCCGUGCGCAUGCGUUGGAUGUACUCGCAGCGUGCUCUUAUUUAAUGUGAAGAAAUUACAACUUUCUGAAAACACCCCAAGCUAUUCCUGAGAUACUUCCUUAGUAAAAACUAUUUUAAUUUCAAACUCACAAAAAUUGUAAUUACACACACAACUUCGUUUUACCAUAAAAUGUGGUAAUUGUGAUUGGCAGCCAAUUUGAAGAACCAGUAAGAGAAAGUUAGCAAAUUCACACGCCGAAACACGUGAUAUCAUUGAAAAGGCCUGAAACUCUCAAAUGUGCAACAGGACUUUACAAUUAUUAUUUUUUUAAGUAUGACGUCAAUGAUACGGGCCAAGAAAUGAUGUUCAUUGGUGUGGACAAAAAUGAGUUGCUGGGUCUCAGUAAAUGAUGUCUCAUAUCGUGGGGAACUUUUAUUUUGAAGUUGUGUUACACAUGGGCUUUUAAUUAAACACGGCUCGUGCAAUCCAGUAUCCUUGGAAGGUCCCUACCUUAAAACACAGAUAUAACAAACAUAUUUGCUAUCUUUGCUAAAACCCUAACCUUAAACCCAAAUCCUUACCUCAUUUUCAAAUGCAAUGGUGUUGGGACGUGCCAACCAGCCUAAAUAGUACCUUCCUUACCCAAGUUGUCAUGGUGACGACGUGUGUUUGAGGAAGGGGACACGGACUUGCAUCAGGCUACAGCACAAACAACAUACCAACAACAACGUCCAGAUAUUAAGAUUGUUCAUCAAAAUAAUACUAGCUAGCUAACCUAAAGCUCAGGAUGGAUGACUCUCCUGAGGUUUUAAACUUCUCAGCGCUGGAGCGGGAGUUGCAGUCUGCUGUUGAAGCAGACAAGAAAUAUCAAAGAGAAAAUGAUGCAAAGUUUCGUGCUCUACACCAGAAGGUCGGAACGUAUGAGGAGUUUAGGGACAUAGUCCUGGCAUCCAACCUGAAACCACUGGACAGGAAGGAUAAAGCUGGAACUCCUCGCAAACAGCCAUGGAAUGCUCUCGCCUCCACUGACAAAGGGCAGAACCAGACUAGCUGUGAUGAAAUAGGCCUAAAGCCUCAGUUGUCCGAGUUCCAGCCCAGGACAGCAUCAGAGUUCAGCCGGGACUGGCGCAGGUUCGGCAGUGAAAACCCAGAGGAUAAAUACAGUCUCCUGCUCUCCCUAGGUGGAGAAGGCAUUCGGAACAUCUUCAGGGCUGAGGUGGGGUUCGGACUACUAGGGGAAUUUCUUGUGUUCCUUUCCAGUGGUCUCCAGCCUGGGGAUGAGGCCAUGGUGAUAGGGAUCCUGGAGGGGCUGUCCAAGACCCCCAGGUUUGGCCUCAAUGUGUGCCUCCUGAGCCGGGCUGAGAGAGAGGCAUGUGGAGAUCUGUUUCAGAACCUGAGGAAAGCAUCAGCAGCGGGGAAUAGCAGUGUCAAAGGAUCCAAAGGGGAUGUCAUUGUCCAUGGAAGUAAUGUGGAAGAGAUUAAAGAGACACAAGAUGCUGAGCCAGAGACUCUGUUACCAGGACAGACCAGCGAGGCUGCCGGAAGAAGCAGUGAUACUGAAACUUUAAAUGGUAUAAUGCAGUUGUAUGGGGUUCAAACGGUCUCUCCUCCUCAGUAAGAAACAUUACACAAACCCAUAUUGGACUUAUUGUUUUCAGAAAUAACAAUGACUGUUACUAUACAUU